AUGCGUUUUGGGCCGCUCGUUGCGGUGUUUGCCAGUGCGGCUGUCGCCGCUGUACCCCCUGCCCGUGAGGCCCAAGCGACAAGAGUCAAGGGCCGUGACGUUGACGACGCGAACAAUGUGGACAACGCGGACCACAACGAACAUUGCCCGCACGACAAUCUGCUGCGGUGUCUCAUUGGCAGUCCGACCUUGGCCUACACGUUCUGCAGCUGGUCGGUCGGCAUUUUUGCGACACCGGUCACUCUGUACGAGACGGUGACCGUGCCAGUGACACGAGGAACAUUGACGAGAAGCACAACAGAAACGACAGAAACGACAGAAACUACAUGGAUGACGAUAUCCUCAGCGUCGUCCCCGACAUCGUCAUCUUCGACUCAAUCCACUCCAGUCGGCCUCUCAACCAUCACCGUUACGCAGACAGCGACGCAGACAGUCAUAUUCGAUCGUACUCAGACCACAACCGAUACACUGGUUCAGACAAUUGUCCAAACUAUUGUUGCCACAACCACAAUAAGGGUCGGCAGCGAUAGUUGGGGCAAGAGCGGUGAUGGGGGCGAGAGCCUUGCUGGGAGCCUUACUAGCAGCCUUGCCAACGCUACAGCCACAGUCCCCAAUCCGCCUUCCCGGGUUGACCGACGCGCCAACUUCGCGCGUACCACACCCAAAACAUCGCUGGCCUGCCUCGAUGAACUGCAGCCUCUCCUCAAUGGCGUCACCAGCGCCUGCUCCUGUUUCGCAUCCAACCAACCCACCCCGACGGCCACGAGCACUGUCACCUACGUCGAAGGUGCACCCGCCUGCCCAGCAGGUCAGGUGUCGGUUCGCGACGGCGGCAUCCAAACACUGCAUCAGCCCACGUUUCCAAACUGCUUUGCCGACUUCCACCCUUACAAUUGUGGCACCGACCAUGUCGGCCAGAUCGCCUGUUCGUGUGCGUUGACGACUGAAGACACCGCUCAAUGCACGCUGGGUGACUACGAGCGCGACAAUGCCUGCACGACCUCCGACGACUGCGCGGCCGGCUGGUAUUGCACGGUCAUAGACUGUUUUGGAAACGGUGUACCUUCGGUGUGCACCAAGGCAUGUCCCGUGAUUUUUGCGCCGCAGCCGAUUGACGGGAGCGGCGGUGCCACGGCGGAUGAUGGCGCAAGCAACGACGAGGAUGUUGCGUCGGCACACCCACAGCACGCCGUUGCACCACCGGCCCAAACGCAUGCAUUGGACGCCAUUGGUCUAAACCACCGCCACAAUCUCAGCAUUAUCAUCGUCGGCAAUGACACAAACAGCAUGGGCAACGGACGUGCCAGGGGCGGGACGUAUCGGCGGAGUCUUUAA